GGGUCUGACCGUUGGUAUCCAGCGGCCCGACUCAAUGAGGAAAGGCUUUGUAUUGUAUCGAAUGGGCCUAAGCAAAUGGUCCGCAAAGUGGAGAGUGCUUCGUUUGUAAUGAAUUUGUUUUGUGGCCGAGCUGAGAUAAAAAAUGUAAUUCCUUUUCCUGCGAAACUUACUGAGGAGAGGAAGGAAAUGCUGCAUAUGUUAUUGCCACCGACAGAGAAGUUUUUAACUGAGAUCAACAAUCCCGUGAAAAAUGAUGAAAAUGCAGAGAUACCUAUGGAUGUUUUAAAGCAAUUCGGCGAACUCGGAGGUUUUGGUGCAUUAGUGCCCGAGGAGUAUGGUGGUGCAGGAAUGAACAACACACAAAUGGCUAGGCUAGCUGAGGUGAUAGGAGCCAAUGACCUUGCUAUGGGAGUCGUGAUGGGAGCCCAUCAGUCGAUCGGCUACAAAGGUAUUUUGCUUUUCGGAAAUGAUGAAAUGAAAAAGAAGUAUUUACCGGAUUUGGCCAGCGGACGUCGGUUUGCCUGCUUUUGUUUGACUGAACCGAGUAGUGGUUCUGAUGCAAAUUCUAUUCGAACAAGAGCUGAAAAGACCCCUGAUGGCAAACAUUACGUCAUUAAUGGAAGUAAAAUUUGGAUUAGCAAUGGUGCUAUAGCCGACGUGUUUACAGUUUUUGCUCAGACUCCCGUCAAAGGACCAGACGGAACAAUUAAGGACAAGAUUUCUGCCUUUGUAGUCGAAAGAAGUUUUGGCGGUGUUACUAAUGGCCCACCAGAAAAGAAAAUGGGUAUUAAAGGUUCUAAUACAACGGAAGUGUAUUUCGACAAUACUAAAGUUCCAGUGGAGAAUUUAAUUGGAAAGGAAGGCGAGGGAUUUAAGAUUGCAAUGAACAUUCUUAAUAACGGUCGGUUUGGAAUUCCAGCUGCUUGUACUGGUGCGAUGAAGACGUGUAUUAUCAAAACAAUUGAACACGUUAAUGAAAGAACUCAGUUUGGAAAGAAGCUAAAAGACUUUGAGAAUGUGAAGGAGCAGUUAGUUGACAUGGUUCUUAGACAUUAUGCUACCGAAAGUGUCCUCUAUCUGCUUGCUGCAACGAUGGAUAAAGGAGUAACUGAUUAUCAGUUAGAAGCUGCCAUUGGGAAAGUUAUGGCAUCGGAAAAUGCUUGGAUGGUCUGCGAUACUGCUAUUCAGCUUCACGGUGGUAUGGGGUACAUGAAAGAAUGUGGUUUGGAGAGAGUUAUGCGUGACCUUCGAAUAUUUCGCUUGUUUGAGGGUGCAAAUGACGUUCUUAGACUUUUUAUUUCUCUUGCUGGGAUGCAGGUUAUUUGGAUUUUGGUUUCAAAAUUCCAGGCUCUAGCUGCUUCAGGUUACGUAUUGAGGAUUAGAACAAGUAUCGGUGUUGAUAUGACUACGGUAACGGAUGUGUCACUCAUUGACGGGGCAAAACAGUUAAAUGGCGUUAUUAAAGAAUUUGGGAAAGCUGUUGAAAGCCUCCUGUUAACUCAUCGAAAAGAAAUAAUUGGCAAGCAGUGGGAACUCAUCAGAAUGGCCAAUGCUGCUAUUGAUAUUUUCACAAUGACAGCAGUUCUUGCUAGGUGUUCCAAAACUUUGGCCUCACAGGAAAACUCUUCAAACGAAGUAAAUAUGGCAUUACUGCUCUGCGACCAGGUUUGA